AUGUAUCUAUCUAUGAUGUUCAUAUCUAUCUAUCUAAAUGUUUUUCAUAUCUAUCUAUCAAUCUAUCUAUCUUUUCCAUAUCUAUCUAUCUAUCUAUCUAUCUAUCAAAAUUCACUUCAUUAUUUAUCCCGAUCUCUUCAUAUCUAUCUAUCUGUCUAUCUCAGUCACUUCAUUAUUUAUCCCGAUCUCUUCAUAUCUAUCUGUCUCAGUCACUUCAUUAUUUAUCCCGAUCUCUUCAUAUCUAUCUGUCUAUCUCAGUCACUUCAUUAUUUAUCCCGAUCUCUUCAUAUCUAUCUGUCUAUCUCAGUCACUUCAUUAUUUAUCCCGAUCUCUUCAUAUCUAUCUAUCCGUCUAUCUCAGUCACUUCAUUAUUUGAUCUCUUCAUAUCUAUCUGUCUGUCUAUCUCAGUCACUUCAUUAUUUAUCCCGAUCUCUUCAUAUCUAUCUAUCCGUCUAUCUCAGUCACUUCAUUAUUUAUCCCGAUCUCUUCAUAUCUAUCUAUCUGUCUAUCUCAGUCACUUCAUUAUUUAUCCCUGAUCUCUUCAUUAUCUAUCUAUCUGUCUAUCUCAGUCUAUCUAGUCUUCAUUAUUUAUCCCGAUCUCUUCAUAUCUAUCUAUCCGUCUAUCUCAGUCACUUCAUUAUUUAUCCCGAUCUCUUCAUAUCUAUCUAUCCGUCUAUCUCAGUCACUUCAUUAUUUAUCCUCCUGAUCUCUUCAUAUCUAUCUGUCCGUCUACCUCAGUCUUCAUUAUUUAUCCCGAUCUCUUCAUAUCUAUCUGUCUAUCUCAGUCACUUCAUUAUUUAUCCCGAUCUCUUCAUAUCUAUCUAUCCGUCUAUCUCAGUCACUUCAUUAUUUAUCCCGAUCUCUUCAUAUCUAUCUAUCUGUCUAUCUCAGUCACUUCAUUAUUUAUCCCGAUCUCUUCAUAUCUAUCUAUCCGUCUAUCUCAGUCACUUCAUUAUUUAUCCCGAUCUCUUCAUAUCUAUCUGUCUAUCUCAGUCACUCUUCAUUCAUUAUUUAUCCCGAUCUCUUCAUUAUUUCUUAUCUAUCUGUCUAUCUCAGUCACUUCAUUAUUUAUCGAUCUCUUCAUAUCUAUCUAUCUGUCUAUCUCAAUCUAUCUAUCUGUCUAUCUCAGUCACUUCAUUAUUUAUCCGAUCUCUUCUUCUAUCUAUCUGUCUAUCUCAGUCACUUCAUUAUUUAUCCGAUCUCUUCAUAUCUAUCUAUCUGUCUAUCUCAGUCACUUCAUUAUUUAUCUUCCUGAUCUCUUCAUCAUUAUCUUAUCUAUCUGUCUAUCUCAGUCACUUCAUUAUUUAUCCCGAUCUCUUCAUAUCUAUCUAUCUGUCUAUCUCAGUCACUUCAUUAUUUAUCCCGAUCUCUUCAUAUCUAUCUAUCUGUCUAUCUCAGUCACUUCAUUAUUUAUCCCGAUCUCUUCAUAUCUAUCUGUCUGUCUAUCUCAGUCACUUCAUUAUUUAUCCCGAUCUCUUCAUAUCUAUCUGUCUAUCUCAGUCACUUCAUUAUUUAUCCCGAUCUCUUCAGAUCUAUCUAUCUGUCUAUCUCAGUCCUUAUUUUAUCUAUCUCUAUCUGUCUAUCUCAGUCACUUCAUUAUUUAUCCCGAUCUCUUCAUAUCAAUCUAUCCGUCUAUCUCAGUCACUUCAUUAUUUAUCCCGAUCUCUUCAUAUCUAUCUGUCUAUCUCAGUCACUUCAUUAUUUUUAUCUAUCUAUCUCUCAGUCAUUAUUUAUCCCGAUCAUAUCUAUCUGUCUAUCUCAGUCACUUCAUUAUUUAUCCCGAUCUCUUCAGAUCUAUCUAUCUGUCUAUCUCAGUCACUUCAUUAUUUAUCCCGAUCUCUUCAUAUCUAUCUAUCUGUCUAUCUCAGUCACUUCAUUAUUUAUCCCGAUCUCUUCAUAUCUAUCUAUCUGUCUAUCUCAGUCACUUCAUUAUUUAUCCUGAUAUCUUCAUAUCUAUCUAUCUGUCUAUCUCAGUCUUCAUUAUUUAUCCCGAUCUCUUCAUAUCUAUCUGUCUAUCUCAGUCCUUCAUUAUUUAUCGAUCUCUUCAUUAUCUAUCUAUCUAUCUAUCUGUCUAUCUCAGUCACUUCAUUAUUUAUCCCGAUCUCUUCAGAUCUAUCUAUCUGUCUAUCUCAGUCACUUCAUUUAUUUAUCGAUCUCUUCAUAUCUAUCUGUCUAUCUCAGACGAUCUCUUCAUUAUUUAUCCUGAUCUCUUCAGAUCAUUAUCUGUCUGUCUAUCUCUGUCUUCAUUAUUUAUUAUCGAUCUCUUCAUAUCUAUCUAUCUGUCUAUCUCAGUCACUUCAUUAUUUAUCCGAUCUCUUCAUAUCUAUCUGUCUAUCUCAGACACUUCAUUAUUUAUCCCGAUCUCUUCAUAUCUAUCUAUCUGUCUAUCUCAGUCACUUCAUUAUUUAUCCCGAUCUCUUCAGAUCUAUCUAUCCGUCUAUCUCAGUCACUUCAUUAUUUAUCCCGAUCUCUUCAUAUCUAUCUGUCUAUCUCAGUCACUUCAUUAUUUAUCCCGAUAUCUUCAUAUCUAUCUAUCUGUCUAUCUCAGUCACUUCAUUAUUUAUCCCGAUCUCUUCAUAUCUAUCUGUCUAUCUCAGUCACUUCAUUAUUUAUCUAUCUAUCUCAUAUCUAUCUGUCUAUCUCAGUCCUUCAUUAUUUAUCGAUCUCUUCAUAUCUAUCUGUCUAUCUAGUCACUUCAUUAUUUAUCGAUCUCUUCAUAUCUAUCUUCUGUCUAUCUCAGUCUUCAUUAUUUAUCGAUCUCUUCAGAUCUAUCUAUCUGUCUAUCUCAGUCACUUCAUUAUUUAUCCUUCAGAUCUCUUCAUAUCUAUCUGUCUAUCUCAGUCAUUAUUCAUCCUGAUCUCUUCAUAUCUAUCUGCCUAUCUCAGUCAUCUCUUCAUUAUUUAUCUGAUCUCUUCAUAUCUAUCUAUCUGUCUAUCUUCAUUAUAUCUUCAUCUAUCACUUCAUUAUUCGAUCUCUUCAGAUCUAUCUGUCUGUCUAUCUCAGUCACUUCAUUAUUUAUCUGGAUCUCUUCAUAUCUAUCUAUCUGUCUAUCUCAGUCACUUCAUUGUUCAUAUCUAUCUAUCGAUCUCUUCCUUCAUUAUUUAUCUGUCUAUCUCUAGUCAUUAUUUAUCUCUCGUCUUCAUUAUUUAUCCCGAUCUCUUCAUAUCUAUCUAUCUGUCUAUCUCAGUCCUUCAUUAUUUAUCCCGAUCUCUUCAUAUCUAUCUGUCUAUCUCAGUCACUUCAUUAUUUAUCCCGAUCUCUUCAUAUCUAUCUGUCUGUCUAUCUCAGUCACUUCAUUAUUUAUCCCGAUCUCUUCAGAUCUAUCUGUCUAUCUCAGUCACUUCAUUAUUUAUCCCGAUCUCUUCAUAUCUAUCUAUCUGUCUAUCUCAGUCACUUCAUUAUUUAUCCCGAUCUCUUCAUAUCUAUCUGUCUAUCUCAGUCACUUCAUUAUUUAUCCCGAUCUCUUCAGAUCUAUCUGUCUAUCUCAGUCACUUCAUUAUUUUUAUCCGAUCUCUUCAUAUCUAUCUAUCUGUCUAUCUAUCUCAGUCCUUCAUUAUUUAUCCCGAUCUCUUCAUCUAUCUAUCUGUCUAUCUCAGUCAGUCUUCAUUAUUUAUCUAUCUAUCUAUCUGUCUAUCUCAGUCAUCAUUAUUUAUCUUCUCUUCAGAUCUAUCUAUCUGUCUAUCUCAGUCACUUCAUUAUUUAUCUAUCUCUUCAUCUAUCUAUCUUCACUUCAUUAUUUAUCUGAUCUCUUCAUAUCUAUCUAUCUAUCUAUCUAUCCGUCUAUCUCAGUCACUUCAACAUUUAUCUAUCUGUCUGAUCUCUUCAUAUCUAUCUGUCUAUCUAUCUCCAUCACUUCAUUAUCUAUCUGUCUAUCGAUCCUCUUAUCUAUCUAUCUGUCUAUCUCAGUCACUUCAUUAUUUAUUUUCUGAUCUCUUCAUAUCUAUCUAUCUAUCUGUCUAUCUCAGUCACUUCAUUAUUUAUAUCGAUCUCUUCAUAUCUAUCUAUCUGUCUAUCUCAAUCUAUCUAUCUGCCUAUCUCAGGAUCUAUCUGUCUAUCUCAGAUCAUUUGUCAUCUAGUCACUUCCAUUAUUUUAUCCUGAUCUUCAUAUAUCUAUCUGUCUAUCUCAGUCACUUCAUUAUUUAUCCCCGAUCUCUUCAUAUCUAUCUAUCCGUCUAUCUCAGUCACUUCAUUAUUUAUCCUGAUCUCUUCAUAUCUAUCUGUCUGUCUAUCUCAGUCAUCUAUCCGUCGAUCUCUUCAUAUCUAUCUAUCUGUCUAUCUUCAUUCACUUCAUUAUUUAUCAAAUCUAUCUCUUCAGUUUUAUCUGUCUAUCUAAUCUCAGUCACUUCAUUAUUUAUCCUGAUCUCUUCAUAUCUGUCUAUCUAUCUAUUUAUCAUCUAUAUCUAUCUGUCUAUCUCAGUCACUUCAUUAUUUAUCCCGAUCUCUUCAGAUCUUUCUAUCUAUCUAUCCGUCUAUCUCAAUCUAUCUGUCUAUUCAGUCACUUCAUUAUUUAUCCUGAUCUCUUCAUAUCUAUCUAUCGUCUAUCUCAGUCACUUCAUUAUUUAUCCUGAUAUCUUUAUCUAUCUAUCUAUCUGUCUAUCUCAUCACUUCAUUAUUUAUCCGGAUCUCUUUAUCUAUCUAUCUGUCUAUCUCAGUCCUUCAUUAUUUAUCCUGAUCUCUUCAUAUCUAUCUGUCUAUCUCUCAGUCUUCAUUAUUUAUCCUGAUCUCUUAUCUAUCUAUCUGUCUAUCUCAGUCACUUCAUUAUUUAUCCCGAUCUCUUCUAUCUAUCUAUCUGUCUAUCUCAGUCACUUCAUUAUUUAUCCUGAUCUCUUCAUAUCUAUCUGUCUAUCUCAUACUUCAUUAUUCAUCCUGAUCUUCUUCUAUCUAUCUAUCUGUCUAUCUCUAUUUCAAUGUCUGAUUGAUCUAUCUAUAUCUCUAUCUAUCUGUCUGUCUCAGUCAUCCUUAUUUUUAUCUCCAAAAAAAUCUUCUGUCUAUAUCUAUCUAUCUGUCUAUCUCAUUUAUCCCGAUCUCUUUAUCUAUCUAUCUGUCUAUCUCAGUCCUUCAUUAUUUAAUCUCUUCAUAUCUAUCUAUCUGUCUAUCAGUCACUUCAUUAAUCCUCGAUCUGUUUAUCUAUCUAUCUAUCCGUCUAUCUCAGUCACUUCAUAUUUAUUGUCGAUCUCUUCAUUCUAUCUGUCUAUCUAUCUCAGUCCUUCAUUUAUUUAUAAUCUCUUCAAAUCUAUCUGUCUAUCUCAGUCACUUCAUUAUUUAUCGAUCUCUUCAUCUAUCUAUCUGUCUCAGUCACUUUUAUUUAUCCUGAUUUUCUUAUCUAUCUAUCUAUCUAAAGUCCUUCAUUAUUUAUCGAUCUCUUUAUCUAUCUAUCUGUCUAUCUCAUCACUUCAUUAUUUAUCCGAAUAUCUAUCUGUCUAUCUCAACUUCAUUAUUUAUCCUGAUCUCUUCUUAUCUAUCUAUCCGUCUAUCUCCAUCACUUCGUCGAUAUUUAUCUCUAGUCUGGAUCUAUCUAUCUUCAUAUCUAUCUAUCUAUCCAGUCUAUCUCAGUCACUUCAACGAUUUAAUCUCUUCAUAUCUAUCUAUCUAUCUAUCUCAGUCACUUCAUUAUUUAUCCUGAUCUCUUCAAAUCUAUCUGUCUAUCUCAGUCACUUCAUUAUUUAUCCGAUCUCUUAUCUAUCUGUCUAUCUCAGUCACUUCAUUAUUUAUCCUGAUCUCUAUCUAUCUAUCUGUCUAUCUCAGUCACUUCAUUAUUUAUCCUUCAUAUCUAUCUAUCUGUCUAUCUCACAUCUAUCUAUCUGUCUAUCUCAGUCACUUCAUUAUUUUCCUGUUCUCUAUCUAUCUAUCUAUCUGUUAUCUCAGAUCUAUCUAUCUGUCUAUCUCACUUCAUUAUUUAUCUAUCUCUUCUAUAUCAUUCUAAUAUCUUCAGUCUCUCUUCUAUCUAUCUAUCUAAUCAGUCACUUCAUUUGUUAUCGAUCUCUUAUUUAUCUAUCUAUCUAUAUCUAUCUAUCUGUCUAUUCAUUAUUGUCGAAUCUAUCCGUCUAUCUCAUCUUCAUUAUUUGUCGAUCUCUUCUAUCUAUCUGUCUAUCUAUCUAUCUAUCUCAGUCAUCUCUUCAUUAUCUAUUUGUCGAUCUCUUCAAAUCUAUCUGUCUAUCUCAGUUCAUUAUUUAUCUCACUAUUUAUCUGAUCUAUAUCUAUCUGUCUAUUCAUUAUUUAUCGAUCUCUUCAUAUCUAUCUAUCUGUCUAUCUCAGUCACUUCAUUAUUUAUCGAUCUCUUUUAAUCUAUCUAUCUAUCUCAAUCUAUCUGUCUAUCUCAGUCCUUAUUAUUUAUCUAUCUAUCUAUCUCUUCAUUAUUUAGAUCUAUCUAUCUGUCUAUCUCAGUCACUUCAUUAUUUAUCUAUCUAUCUGUCUAUCUCUCUUCAUCUGAUCUAUCUAUCUAUCUAUCUGUCUAUCUCAAUCUCUCUUCGUAUCUAUCUAUCUGUCUAUCUCAGUCACUUCAUUAUUUAUCCUGAUCUUCAUAUCUAUCUAUCUAUCUAUUCAGUCCUUCAUUAUUUAUCCCGAUCUCUUCAUAUCUAUCUGUCUAUUCAUCCUUCUAUUAUUUAUGGAUCUCUUAUCUAUCUAUCUGUCUAUCUCAGUCACUUCCAUUAUAUCUUCUAUCUCUCACUUCAUUAUUUAUCGAUAUUAUCUAUCUGUCUAUCUCACUUCACUAAAUCUCUUCAUAUCUAUCAAUUUAUUAUAAUUUAUCUAAUCAAAUUCUUCUAUCUAUCUAUAUCUAUCUAUCUCUUCUCAUCUAUCUAUCUCAGUCACUUCAUUAUUUAUCGAUCUCUUCAUCUAUCUGGUCUCUUCAUAUCCUAUCUCUUCUAUCUAUCUGUCUAUCUCAGUCACUUCAUUAUUUAUCCCAAUCUCUUCAUAUCUAUCUAUCUGUCUAUCUCAAUCAUCUAUCUUUAUCGUCUAUCUCUUCUUAUCUAUCUGUCUAUCUCAGUCACUUCAUUAUUUAUCCAUCUUCAUAUCUAUAUCUGUCUAUCUAUCACUUCAUUAUUUAUAUUUAUAUAUCUCUUCAGUCCUUCAUUAUCUAUCUAUCUGUCUAUCUCAUUAUCUUCAUUAUUUAUCUGUCUAUCUAUCAUAUCUAUCUGUCUAUCUCAGUCCUUCAUUAUUUAUUUGAUAUCUUCACAUCUAUCUAUCAGUCCUUCAUUAUUUAUCCUGAUCUUCAUCUAUCUAUCUAUCUCAUCUCUUCAUAUCUAUCUAUCUGUCUAUCUCAGUCUAUCUUCAUUAUUUAUCCUGAUCUCUUCAGAUCUAUCUAUCUGUCUAGAUCUAUCUGUCUGUCUAUCUCAGUCACUUCAUUAUUUAUAUUUAUCUAUCUAUCUAUCUAUCUCAGUCUAUCGGAUAUCUAUCUAUCUGUCUAUCUCAGUCACUUCAUUAUUUAUCCCUGAUCUAUCUUCAAUCUUCAUUCAAAUCAGUCUAUCUUCAUUAUUUAUCCUGAUCUUUAUCUAUCUAUCUAUCUAUCUCAUUCUAUCUAUAUUUAUCGAUCUCUCCAUCUAUCUAUCAUCUAUCUGUCUAUCUCUAUCUUAUCCUUCACUUCAUUAUUUAAUCUCUUCAUAUCUAUCUAUCUGUCUAUCUCAGUCACUUCAUUAUUUAUCCCGAUCUCUUCAUAUCUAUCUAUCCUAUCUAUCAAUCUAUCUGUCUAUCUUCAGAUCCAUCUAUCUCAGUCUAUCUCAGUCAUCUUCAUCUAUUGUUGUCGAUCUCUUUCAUAUCUAUCUAUCUGUCCUCAGUCACUUCAUUAUUUAUCGAUCUCUUCAUAUCUAUCUAUCUAUCUCUUCUAUCUAUCUGUCUAUCUCAGUCACUUCAUUAUUUAUCCCGAUCUCUUCAGAUCUAUCUAUCUGUCUAUCUCAAUCUAUCUAUCUGUCUGUCUAUCUCAUCUAUCAUCUUCAUUAUUUUCCUGAUCUCUUGUCUAUCGAUCUCUUCAGAUCUAUCUAUCUGUCUAUCUCAGUCACUUCAUUUAUUUAUCCCGAUCUCUUCAUAUCUAUCUAUCUGUCUAUCUCAAUCUUCAUUAUUUUAUCUCUUAAUCCAUAUCUCUUCAUAUCUAUCUAA